AUUUCCUUGCCUUAAUCCCGAUUUCUUCCCCUAAGCUCUCGCCGACGCCUCCUCACCUCUCCGUGCCGGCUCUCUUUGUCUUCCCCAUCCGACGCGCUACCCUCGCGCCGCCUCUGCUUCCUCGCUGAUAAAAUCCAUCGGCCAAGGGAAGGCUCGAGCCUUUCCCCUAACGUCGUCCCCUUCCUCUCGCCUUUGCCCUGAUUCCCCUCUUCCACUCCUCUCGCCGAUCGAGAUCUCUCCACUGUCACCUCCUCGGCCGACCACCGUUCAGUGCCAAGCCUUCCUCUUCUGAAGCUCUCGGUUUCUCCUCGCCUCACACCACCGAUCCGUGCCCUAGCUUGCUGAAUCGCCACUCCACGCCAGUCAUCUCCGGCUAAGAGAGGGAGAUCCGAGCCCUAUAUUGGCUGGAGUAGGUUGUGAUAAGCUUCCAGAAGGUUACUUCAUCCUACUGGUCAGAUAUCGAGCUACUACCAAUGAUCUUUUCUUUGUUGAUCUCAACUGCCGUUAGAUCUAACCGCCGGAGAGGGAACAGCUGAUUGGUGGCUUCUGGGUAGUGUCAGCCACAAGUUUUGACAGCAACAUCUUCCGACAAGCAAUUUUCGGCAGCUGCUCUACCUGGCUGUGGAUCAACAGGAGAGGCUUUGGGUUGAGGGACUCUAUUGAGACAAGAUCACGACGUAAUGUUUAUUUCAGUUACGAUCUCCAUUUUUGAGACGGAAAUGGCUAAUGAAUGUUGCUCUAUCCAACUGAUUGAUGGAGAUAGUGUAUUCAAUGUCACGGGUCUUGAACACUUUAUGAAGUCAGUGAAGUUGGCAGAGCAUGGAUUAUCCUAUGCUGUAGUUUCUAUCGUGGACCCACAAAGUAGUGGAAGAGCACUCUAUUAAACCAUUUAUUUGACACCAACUUCCGAGAGAUGGGUGCUUUCAGGGGAAGAUCACAAACCACAAAAGACAUUUGGUUAGCAAAUUGUGUUGGGAUUGAACCAUGUACAAUUGCUAUGGGCUUAGAAGGUACUGAUGGACGAGAACGAGGAGAGGAUGAUAUUACCUUUGAGAAGCAGAGUGCUCUUUUUUCUUUAGCAAUUUCUGUUAUAGUCCUAAUAAACAUGUGGUGCCAUGAUAUUGGUCGAGAACAAGUGGAAAAUAAGCCUCUUUUAAAGACAGUCUUCCAGGUGAUGCUGAGACUGUUUAGUCCUCGUAAGACCACUCUACUGUUUGUUAUACGAGAUAAAACAAGGGUGAACAUUUCAUAUGCGCAUUUUUCAGCUUUCGUAUUGGAGACUCCUAAUCCAAUGAAAAUGAGUAUUCAUGUGCAUUUUUUAUAUGUCGAGAUCUCCUGGUGCCUUAUAAAAGGGGUGGAAAGAUUGGACUUUUUGAUGGAGUUGGUGUGGGAAGACUAGAUUUAUUAUGGAAUUGAUGAUCAACAAUGUUGGACAUGAAAGAAUCAGUAAGUGAGAAAGAGGAGUCCAAUGAAAUUCUAUAAGUUGAAGAUUGUGAUGAGGCUUGGGUUGACAAUAAUUACUUGCAAUCCUACAUGGCAUGAACCACCAUCACAAGUUUCUAGUCUUUUGAUUAUUGUUUAUUAGUUGUAAAUGGAGUUUAUUUGUAUUGGGAUGAAUUUUAUUUGAAUAUUAGAUAUGUUUCUUCUUUGUGAAUGUAAUUCUUGUAUAAGUAACAUUCUGAAUGACAUUGAUGUGGAGAAUAUUCUUUCUUU